CAGUUUGAUUCAGCUAUGCGCCAUUCCUAUAGAAUUAAAACGGUCAAUGCCUGAAGAAUUCUGAGUAUUUCUAUAUAUAUGGAUCGACACUCACAGUGAUAUGAAAUUAAAAAUACAUUAUUAGCGAGGCGUAAUACAACAUUAUCAGGAGAUAACAUCAGAAAAAAAAACAACUUCUGCAAUAAAAAUUUCCAAAAUUUCCCUCAAGACUGUAAUAUUUUAUAUUGAAUAUUUUUGUUUAGGAUAGAAUGAAUGGUCACUUGUGAAGGAUGCCAACAAGAGAGAGAAUAAAAAGACGGAUUUAGUUAUUUAUUUAUUUUUUUUUUAUAUAAAUUAAUAAUUUAGCUUGUAGUCCAAAUCAGUUAUUCCUGUGAACCAUUGCAUGCUAUAUGUAAAAAAUUGUAAUGGAAAUUUAAUUUAGCACCGAAGCUCAGAGAUUUGUGAUGCCGGAUAUAUAUAUAAAGUAAUAAUAUAAAUUUUUUGAGAUUAAUACCAUCACAAUGAAUGUAAAGUGCGGGUGCAUGUUACAUUGAGUGUCUUGAUGGAGAAUUAUGGACAAUAUGGCGUCCAAUGUGUCGUUACGCAGCAACAAACAAAGGAAAGACAAUCUUAUUACUCGGAAACAGGACAAGAGCCCGGAGAAGACUAUAAGGGGGACGAGAGGUGCUUAUAGAGGGAUACCAUCGACAUCAAAACGAGAUGAGGAAACGGACACCGGUUCCACCGACCGUCUGGACAGACCCAAGAAGUUUAUGUCGCAGAAUAAAAGCAAUUACGGCCUCGGGAAGAGACCGGACUUCUCAUUGAAGAACAGAAAUGUACAUUUGGCAUCCUCGAGAUAUGGGCAGAUGACAUCCGGUCUUCACGGCCACGGCCAUCAGAUCUCCCAGCCAGCACAUCAUCUGGAAUCGACUGUGUUACCAGCUAAAGAGAAGACGGUGCAUGGAAAGGAAAAGACCUUCAAGGUGGUGGUUGGCGGUGAGGUGGGUGUCAUGAAGACGCCUGUCCUGGGUCCACGGCCUUACAAUGCACUCGCCAUCAUUCACACACAGCAGAGCAACACAUUUGAUAUGCUCAACUCUCUCACUACUAGUGUUGCAAGCCAACCGGUAGUGGGUGUUGGUGGGUUCCGCCGCCGCAGCUCAGGUCAGGGGCUGUGUGACCCUGAGCUGGACGACAGCGGGAACAAGCUGGUGGCCAGGCUGGAGGACGACGCCUUCAUCUCAGAACAGGAUCUGGAAGAAAAUAUAGAAAUCGCUACCGCCACUGAAAAGACAGGUUUCCCUCACACGGCCAGCGACGCGACCGGCGAGGAGCCGCCCCAGGAGCAGCAGAAUGGUUUAGUGUUUGGACCGAUAUACGAGUUGGACAAGCUGGAGGACAAGGAUAAGGAGAAGGUGGAGAAGGAGGACGAGGAGGAGCCUAUAGGAGUGUCACCAUGCGGCAGGUUCUUCAAGUACGACAAGGAGGUCGGCCGAGGCUCCUUCAAGACAGUGUACCACGGGCUGGACACGCAGACAGGGGUCGCGGUAGCCUGGUGCGAGCUGCUGGAAAAAAAGCUGAAUAAGACUGAACGUCUCCGGUUCCGCGAGGAGGCUGAUAUGUUGAAGAAGCUGCAGCACCCGAACAUCGUGCGGUUCUACAACUACUGGGAGGGCACGGUGGCCAAGAAGAAGAACAUUGUGCUGAUAACAGAACUCAUGGUCUCCGGCACGCUCAAGACCUAUCUGAGAAGGUUCAAGCGGAUCAAUCCUAAGGUGUUGAAGUCUUGGUGUCGCCAAAUACUCAAGGGGCUGAAUUUCCUUCACUCCCGAACACCGCCUAUUAUCCACAGAGAUCUGAAGUGCGACAACAUCUUCAUCACGGGCACCACGGGCAGCGUCAAGAUAGGAGACCUCGGCCUGGCCACGCUCAAGAAUAGGAGCUUCGCUAAGUCUGUUAUAGGCACGCCGGAGUUCAUGGCCCCGGAAAUGUACGAGGAGCAUUACGACGAGUCCGUGGACGUGUACGCCUUCGGCAUGUGUAUGCUGGAGAUGGCCACCGGCGAGUACCCCUACAGCGAGUGCAGCGGCCCGGCGCAGAUAUACAAGAAGGUGGUGUCGGGCGUGAAGCCGCAGAGUCUAGAAAAAGUCACCAUUCCAGAAGUAAGGGACAUCAUAGAGUCCUGCAUACGACCGGACAAGACGGACAGGCCGAAGGUCAAAGAUUUGUUGAACCACGAGUUCUUCGGCGAGGACAUCGGGCUGCGGCUGGAGAUCGUCGACCGCGACCUUGUAACCACAUCAGACAUGCCCAAAAUACAAUUCAGGCUAAAGAUCAUUGACCCCAAGAAACGCUCGUACACUCACAAGGAGAACGAGGCCAUACAGUUUGAAUUCGACAUGAUCCGGGACGACUGCGAGGAGGUGGCCAAGGAAAUGGCGAAGGCCGGCCUCAUCAUGGAAGAGGACGCCAGGAUCGUGUUCAAGCUGCUCAAGAGCCAGCUCAUAUCGCUCAAUCGCGAGAGGAGCGAGAAGAAAUCGCAAAUGCUGUUCAACCAGGAGCUGAUAAACGAGCAGAACAGACAGCAGCAGUUGCUGUUGGAGCAGCAGUUGAGACAGGUAAAAAUGAUCCAGAACCAACAGCAGGCGGGGCCGGUGGACCAGGUGAAGGCGGGUCUGCUGAAUGGAGUAGCAUCACAACCAACCCUCGCCGCCGUGCAACUCGAUCAACAAUCUCAAUUGUUGCAAGCGCAGCAGCAAAUCCUGCAGCACCAAUUCCAACAGCACCUCACUAACGAGGAGAAGAUGAUGGUUUUGCAGCACAAUCUAAUGCAGGCUCGUAUUUCCCCAUCUCUCACCGCUGACCAACAGCUCUUGCAGCAGAAACAGUUCCUAGAGCAAAACCUCAAACAACAGGUGAUGAUUGAACAGAAUCUUCUUCAACAAUCCCUCGCAAAACAGCAAAUGCUCGAACAGACGGUGUCGAAUCAGGCAUUGAUAGACCAACAGACACAGCAAGGUCUACUCGAACCACAACAGACACAACUACAGAACUCCCUUUUAACACCUCAGUUAGUAGCUAAUGAGAUAACCAAUCAAAGUCAGGUCCUGCAGCAGAAAAUAAUUCAGCAACAGCAGAAUAUAAUCGCACAUCAAGCUGCAGCGAUCCAGCAAAAACAGCUCGAGGAGCAGUUGACCAACCAGGAGAGUAUUAAUACAGGUCCACAACAGAACCUCGUCACGGGUCAGAUGUUAGAUCCUUCUUUGCAAAAUUUACAGAACAUAUUGGCUCAAAUAAUUCACCGUCCGGAAUCAUUACAAACCAGAAAAGAUUCGGAGUCUGAACAAAUCCAACAACAUCAUCAUCAGCAACCGCAGCAAUUGCAACAACAAGUUGUAGGACAGCAGACGGAAAAUGUUGACGUGCAGCAACAACAUCAAAUGGAACAGGAAGCUGUUCAGCAACAGAACCUGUUGAAAGCCCAAAUGCAACAACAAACUAGUCAAAAUGUUAAUUUUCAACAAAAUCAGCAGUUCAUACCGACUAAUCUAUUAACUGCAGCCGUUGAUCCCGCUAUAUUGGCGCAACAACAACAAGUCGCUCAAGCACAACACCAAAUGGCACAAGCACAACAGCAGCUUAACGUCCAGAGGCAGAUGCUGACUCAACAGCAACUCGUGCUGCAGCAACAGCUCAUUACUCAGCAGCAAUUGCAGAUGCCCGGACAGACGUUGUCUCCACAGCAUAUAAGAAACAUGCAGCAGCAACAGUAUCUAGCGCAGCAAGAGUUACAGCUUCAAACACAGCAGAAUUUCAUCGAUCAGCAGAAUCUCGCGUUGCUUGCCCAGAAGCAGCAGUUGAUGGGCCAGCAGCAGCAAAAAGUCGAAGAGAUGCUCCGCGCUCAGCGACCGGUAUACACGCGGCAGGGGUCCGAACAGAGCCAGCUCAGCAGCACGGAUCUGCACGAGCCGCCGGCGCUGCCUGAACAGUUUCAGCAAAAGCCCACCUUACACCCGCAAAUGUCGGUUGACCACAUGCAGUAUCAGAAUCAAAUUCAGAGCAGUCAAGUCCAAAAGCAGCCGUCGGAAGAUCAGUACCAUCACGUGCCCAUGCAGGGACAAUCGCUUCCUCACAACAUGCUCAAUCAAUUCAACGUGGUGCAACAGAACGAGAGGCAGAUAUCUAGUCACGAAGGCACCCCGGUGCAGAAUUACGCUGCCAAUCCCCUGCAAAUGUACCAACAGAGCCAUCAAAGUCAUCCAGCGCAAAUUCAGACUGUGUACAACCAGGUCGAUACUAUAGCUUCAACCACAGUCCCAGCUUCCAUUCCAGCCCCUAUUCCCACUUCAGUUCCUGUCCAGCCUCCCGUUUCAACAAUCGCUCAGAAGCCUUCCGUAACCUAUCAGCAAACAGAAAUGCCCUCAGUCAUACCAACAUCCGUGCCUACACAAGUGUCACAAGAGAUGAAUCAGAACGCUCAGCCCCCAGAAGUCGUUCCACAGAAGCUUAAUAUUCAGCCCGAGGAAGCUCUCACUAACGGCCAGAAGGAACAAUUCCAUACACCGCUAACAGAAUUUCCGACCACUCAUCCUGAAGCCAUACGACAACCUGAACUCAGCUCCGUAGAGGAAAAACAGGCGGAGACCCAGCCGCAAGAAGGUACGGCGGUGCCCUCGCCGAUAACGAGCGAUAAGAAGUCGAGGGGUUCCAAGAAGCGCUCCAGAGAGAAGGAGAAGUUCCCUCGGCUGACGGUGCUGACGGUGAGCGAGGGCGGCACCGUGGUGGAGUGCCAGCUGGAGUCCAAAGCCAAGACUGUGACCUUCAAGUUCCACGUCCCGGAUGUCAACCCUGAGGAGCUUGCCAAUAACUUUGUUGCGAACAACCUGUUGCCGGAGUGGCAGAGCACUGCUUUCACAGAGAUGAUCGGCGACAUCGUCAAACAACUGAGAGACGCGCCGCAAAGACCGCCCGCGCCGCCCGACAGGCUGAAACUACAAAUAGACAAGACGGACUACGACUCUGAAACGACGGAGCGGGACGACAACCUGACGGACUCCAACCAGGAUAACUCGGAGUGCACCACGCCCACCGCCUCGCAGGACAGCAUCGCGCUCGGGGAACUGGAGGAGCCCGAACCCGAACCCGAGCCCGAGCCCGAACCCGAACACGAACCGGUCGACAAACGAGCGGACUUACUGGCCAGGAAGAUCAGCACGGCCUCCAGUAUAGGUUCCAAUCAAUCGGACACCGGCUCGGCGGCCGACCGGUCGGGCAGCACCGAGUCUAACGGCGACAAAAAGUCCACGAAACCCACUCGAAAGAUAUCGAGAUUUCUAGUCAGUCCCGUAGUGGACCGCGGAGAAGACGUGCCGGAGGAGAAGGCGGAGAGAGCGCCGGAGACGAAACAAGAAACGAGCGACAAACACGUAGAAGCUAAGACCGAACGAGCCAAAGAACCGAUCAAGGAAGUGCAAGUCAACGGCUUCCCGGAACCGGAACCAGCGACACCUGUGCCGGCGGCGGCAGCGACACACGCCGAAACCACCACGGCCACCGAGGCGACGCCGCCGACGAAAGCUCUGCCACAGAGCGUGCCGCAGGAGAAGUUUGUCCCCACACACCAGUACUCCCUGCCCGCACAGCUGACACACACGCCGCACACCAUGAUCGACCAUCGACCGGCGGACAUGCAGCAGAAACCCGCGGAGCAGAUCCAGCAGGCGCCCACCAUCACCUGCAUCGGGAACAUACCGGCGAACAUACCGCAGAUGCCGUACCAGGCGCCCAUGAACCCCGCACUCAACGGGACGAUACAACCCAACCUCACGACGCCGCUGCAGAUCGCCACGGAUACGCCCCUGCUAGGGUUGAGUCAGGUGGGGACGCCCAUGGGGGUCGGAGCGGACCUGGGUUUGAACAUAGCGCUUGGGGCUGUCGGCCCGGGUUUCGCCGACCCCAUGGGCCUCGGCAGGCUGACUCUGGCGCAACCCAUGCUGACCCCCACCUCAGGGGUCACAGGCAGCCUGGGAAACGCUGAAAAUAUUCAGAGAAUGUUGCUCAAACAAAAUAUCAUAAAUCAACAACAGAGCCUGUCGGGGCCGAACCUGCUGGGCCUCCUGAACGCCCAGGCCUACCCUCAGCCGGAGCCGCUGCUCUCCCUCCAGCCGGGUGGGUACAUACAUCGUACCGUCGCAUGUUCCAACAGCCCCCUACUAAUGCGAGGCGCGCGGACCGCGUAUCCUCCGCCGUUCUGCUACACGCCCAUGCUCGCCACCGCUAACGACUUCAUAGCCCAGCAACAGGUGUUGCAGUCCGUGAACCAGCUGAACCCCAUGGGGCAGGCGGUCCCGGGAUUCGGUCUGGGGUUGGGACUGACGCCGCUGCAGCCCGCCCUACAUCAGAACAUACCUCUCAACCAAAAUCUCAUGGGUCAAAACCUAGGACAGAACUUAGGUCUAGCGGGUCAGAAUUUAGGCUUGGCUAGUCAGAACUUGAUGGGCGGGCAGGGUAUGAUGGGGCAGAAUAUGGGGCUGAUGGGACAGAACCUGGGACAGCUGGUGGCGCAGAGGGCCGUGCACCACGCUCUGGCUAGGAGAGCCGUCGACAUGGAAGUCGGUAUGACGAACGUGAACUCUACCGGCUCGACUCAGCCGAGCACGCCCAACAAGAGUCAGUCCUACACGGAAUACAUGAUGACGUUUCAGAACAAACUAGCCUCUAUAUCUAACAGCGGCCCGGUGUCUCCGCAGUCUCCCUUAGAGUACAGUCCCGCGCUGUCUCCCACACAACGAAGACUCGCCGGGCUUAAGCAGGAGGUCGUAGAUUGUGCCGGAGGUGCCGAGGGGCCCGCGGCGGGGGUCCCGGGGCCGGCGGGGGGCUCCGUCGACACGGACGUGGCGUCGCACGCCGACCGGCUGGCUCACCUCGAUCAUGAGCUCAGCAAGAUAAGCCUACACUACAAGCACUCGGCCCCCAAGGAUGCGUUCAGCGACCAAGGAACGGAUGAAAUGUUGGCGGCGGAGAUCCCCGACUCCGGCACCACAUAUGACGACAAGCGCGGAGUCCGGUUUCACGUGUCUCGUGCCGCCCCGCUCAGGAACUACGCUCUGUGUCGUCUCCUACCAGACAACGGUAAGGACAAGCUCGACCUAUCGCAAGGCCAGUUUUCGAGUGACAACGCACUGGACGAGCUGUCGUGUGAUAACACCUCCCUGUGCGAGGAGACCGCGGACGGAAUAGACGGAGGAGCGGGCAGGGAGGGGGAGGGAGAGGGAGACGAGCUGGGCGGGGACUGCGACACGUACGUGCUGACGGACAGGGCGCGGGCGAGGUGCUACAUGCUGGAGGACGCGCUGGCUGACAGGAGACACGUCAUACUGGACCCGGCGCCCAGGAGCGAGGUGCUGAGUCCCGGUGAGGCGUGCGAGGAGCGCGACCGGAGUUACUUGAUAGUGGACCCGGCCAGGGACGUGACCUGCACCGUGCUGGCGAGGACGCUGAGGCUGGACGGCGAUCCCGCCUUCACCGCCUUCAGGGAGGAGAGGCACCGCGCGCCGCCCGACAUCAGCGGGGCGCCCGUCAGCGAGGAGCUGGCCAGGUGGAGGGCGGCGGCCGAAGACGCCCUGCCCCCGCCCGCCGCGCCCUCGGCUCUCGCCCCGCCCGCCCAACCGAAACGCCUCACCGCACGAACGAACGAUCUCACAGCUGACUUGUGGGUCGAGGAGGCGCUCACAGACAAAGGUACGGACUACGUGACCUGGGAAUUAUUAUUUAUGAUUACAUAUAAAAUUAAGUUAGCAGAGCUCAACAAUCCAUUGAAGAUACGAGUUGGCCGAGUCGAGUCCCGACUGCAGCGUCUCUUUGUCGUUGACUUUUGUUGAAGGAUUUUGUUCUGGAUAAAGAUUUUUAGAAAUAAGCGAACCAUCCUCCUCGUUCGACCUCUAGCGCCUGCCACUCAAUAUAUUGUUUUUAUUUAAUAAUUCUUUAAUAUUGAACUAUCUACAGUUAUUUAUCUAAUGACGGAUCUGAAUUUUAUACAUAUUAAAUAUUUUAAAUUAAGUUUAAAAAAAUAUCCGUGUAUAUUAUCCUAUCUCGUAUGUUCUGGGGUCCGCUUCGUGAUAGCGCUCGUGCGAGUGAGAUAGUCAGGAUUAAUGGAUUAAGUUAUAUUGUUUACUUAUCAGUAAUAUAAACUCGCAUUAAUAUUUUUCAUAUUAACUUUUCGGAACUUAUGUUGUUAUUUAAUUCGUAUGUUAUGUUCUGUGACACGUAUUAACCAGUGUAUCGUGAUCC